AUGAGCAACAGCUACCUCCAACCCGCCUCCAAAUCCCCCUCACGCCUACACCGUCCACAACCUCAACGCACAUCAAUGUCUUCCGACUCAUCCACCUCAUCUUCCGCAUCCUUCUCCCACUACAACGAUUCCCCCGCCCCUCGCGUCGAAACCCUGCGCUGCUCACGAUGUGCCAAGUGUGUCGAGACUGUUGUUGGUACUGCCCGGGCAGGAAAUGGGGACUUGGCCUUGGGACGAGUGAGCACCGACGAUGCGAGUGUGCCAGGAUGGUGGGGUAUAAAUGAGGGUGCAGGAAGAAGACUUCAAAUACAUAACAACCGAUAUUACCACGACGGAAGCGAAUGGCGAGGAAUGGGAAGAUGGAACUACAAAACACACGACGAUCAUGAAAAGAUGACUACGAGCGCAUUCAGAGAUUCCUACACCAACAUCUCAGACGAUGGAAAGUCCAGCCCACCACCACCCUCAGAACUAUCCGUACUUGACCCCAACCAUGAUUGA